AUGGGGCUGCGGCCAGAGCAGGCAGCACCCCUGGAGUGGCAGGGAAGCGGCCCCGGCACCCGCUGCUCGCAGGUGGCAACUUCACUGCCCGGUGCCCGCCGCUGCCCGGUGCCUGGCCUGGUGGGAGCUGCCCGCACCGAGCACCCGGAGCCGCGCGGAGGCGGCUGGUGCGGGCGGCGGGGCCCGCAGAGGUGUGUCAGCUCCGCUGCAGUGGGAGGGGAGAGCGGGAGCCGGACCAUCCGUGGAGCCCGCAGGGUCCCCAGGGUCUGCAGGGUCCCCAGGGUCUCCAGGGUCCCCAGAGCCCGCAGGGUCCCCAGAGCCGCUGGGGUCCGCAGGGCCGGGCCGGGCAGGGGGGGCCACCGCAGAGACACCGCCCAAUUCUGCCCCCCGAGCUCGGCCCCCAGCCCCGCUCUCCCCGCAGGACCCUGCUACGAUGAGCUCGUUGCUCCCCUCUACUCCUCCUCCAUCGGGGCCUCCUCCAGAUACAACAUCUUCUACUCGGCCAGCUUUGCCCGGCUGCACAGCACCAGUGGCUGGUCCCCUGACCCCCGGGACAAGCAGCCCUGGCUCCAGAUCGACCUGAUGCAGAAGCACCGGAUCAACGCGGUGGCCACGCAGGGGACCUUCAACACCUACGACUGGCUGACGCGCUACAUCCUGCUCUUUGCUGACCACCCCACCAGCUGGAAACCCUUCUUCCAGCAGGGCAGCAACUGGACAUUCUUUGGGAACGUGAACGAGAGCGGGGUGGUGCGGCACGACCUGCACUACCCCAUCUUCGCACGGUACAUCCGCAUCAUCCCGGUGGCCUGGAACCCACGGGGGAAGAUCGGGCUGCGCCUGGGUCUCUACGGCUGCCCCUACCGGUCCCACGUGCUCUACUUCGACGGGGAUGAUGCCAUCUCCUACCGCUUCCGGGCCAAGAGGAUCAGCACCCUCGAGGAUGACAUCUCCUUCAACUUCAAGACGCUGGAGCAGGACGGGGUGCUGAUGCACGGGGAGGGCUCGCAGGGUGACUACAUCACGGUGGAGCUCAAGCAGGCCCAGCUCUACCUGCACAUCAGCUUAGGCAGCAGCCCGCUGCAUGCCACCGAGGGCCACACGACGGUGACGGUGGGCAGCCUCCUGGACGACCAGCACUGGCACUCGCUGCACAUCGAGCGCUUUGGCCACCACGUCAACCUGACCCUGGAUGGGGAGGUGAAACGGUUCCGCUGCCGCGGCACCUUCGACCAGCUGGACCUCGAGACCGAGCUCUUCUUCGGGGGGGUGAUUGACCAGGACAAGCAGCACCUCACUUACCGCCAAAACUUCCGAGGCUGCGUGGAGAACAUCAUGUUCAACGGGGUCAACAUCGCCGACCUGGCCCGGCACCGGAGACCCAACAUCCGCUUCGAGGGCAGCGUGGGCCACUACUGCCAGGACCAGCUGAACAACCCCAUCACCUUCGCUGGCAUCAACAACUACGUGCGGGUGCCAGGGAUCCCGCGGAGGAACCGUCUGGCCGUCAGCUUCCGCUUCCGCUCCUGGGACACCGCCGGGCUCCUGCUCUACACCAGCUUCGCCGACCGCCUGGGCUCCCUGGAGGUGGUGCUGAGCGAGGGGCAGAUCAACGUCACCAUCACCCAGCCUGGCAAAAAGAAGCUGGAGUUUGCUGCAGGGCAUCGCUUGAAUGACGGCUUCUGGCACUCGGUGCAGCUGGUGGCACGGGACGGCUCAGCCGUGGUGACCAUUGAUGAUGAUGAUGGUGCUGAAUUUCGGGUGGCUCACCCCUUCCAGCUCCGCACCGGCAGCCAGUACUUCUUCGGAGGCUGCCCCAAGCCGGCUUCGGUCACCGGCUGCCGGUCCAACCAGACGGCCUUCCACGGCUGCCUGCAGAUGCUGAACGUGGACAUGCAGCCUGUGGACGUGGAGCUGCUGGUGCUGCACCGGCUGGCGCAGUACUUCAACGUGUACUUCAACGUCUGCGGCAUCACGGACAGGUGCACCCCCAACCUGUGCGAACACGACGGCCGCUGCAUCCAGUCCUGGGACGACUUCAUGUGCAUCUGCGACCUGACGGGGUACAAGGGGGAGACCUGCCACAAAUCCCUUUACAAGGAGUCGUGCGACGCUUACCGGGUCAGCGGGAAAACCUCGGGGAACUACACCAUCGACCCGGACGGCAGCGGGCCGCUCAAGCCCUUCACCGUCUACUGUGACAUCCGAGAGGACAGAGCAUGGACCAUCAUCCGGCACAACCGCCACUACGCCACACGGGUGACGGGCUCCAGCGUGGACCAGCCCUACCUGGGGGCCGUGGAGUACUGGAAUGCCUCGUGGGCUGAGGUCUCGGCGUUGGCAAACGCCUCCGAGUACUGCGAGCAGCGCAUCGAGUUCCACUGCUACAGCUCCCGCCUGCUCAACACCCAAUCCGGGCUGCCUUUCAGCUUCUGGAUGGGCCGGCACGACGAGAGGCACUACUACUGGGGGGGCUCGCGGCCGGGCAUCCAGCGCUGCGCCUGCGGGCUGGACAAGAACUGCGCAGACCCCAAGUACUUCUGCAACUGCGACGCCGACCACGCGCUGUGGAGGACGGACAAGGGUCUGCUGACCUUCGUGGACCACCUGCCCGUCACCCAGGUUGUGGUGGGAGACACCAAUCGCUCCGGCUCUGAAGCCCAGUUCCUGCUGGGUCCUCUGAGGUGCUACGGAGACCGGAACACCUGGAACACCGUCUCCUUCAACAGAGGCGCAGCCCUGCUCUUCCCCACCUUCCAGGCCAACCACAGCCUUGACAUCUCCUUCUACUUCAAGACCACUGCCCCCUCCGGUGUCUUCCUGGAGAACCCUGGCACCCGAAACUACAUCCGCGUUGAGCUCAACACCACCAGGGACGUGGUGUUCGCCUACGACAUCGGGAACGGGGAUGAGAACCUGACGGUGCGGUCGGUGGUGCCCUGGAACGACGACGAGUGGCACCAGGUGAAGGCUGAGCUCAACGUCAAGCUGGCACGGCUACGGGUGGACAAGCUGCCCUGGGUGGUGCGGCCAGCACCCCCCCAGAGCUUCGUCCGCCUGGACUUCGACCGGCCCCUCUAUGUCGGUGCGGCGGAGCACAAGAUGCGCCCGUUCCUGGGGUGCCUGCGGGCGCUGCGGAUGAACGGGGUGACCCUCAACCUGGAGGGUAAGGCCAACGAGACGGAAGGCGUGCGGGUCAACUGCACCGGGCACUGCCAGGACCCGCCAGUGCCCUGCCAGAACAGCGGGCUCUGCGUGGAGCGCUACAGCCAUUACAGCUGCAACUGCAGCAUCUCCGCCUUCGACGGGCCCUUCUGCAACCACGAUAUCGGUGGGUACUUUGAGGAGGGCACCUGGAUACGGUACAACAUCCUGCCCAUGUCACUCUACGCCGCCCGCGAGUUCGCCAGCAUCAUCAGCAGCCCCUGGGAGCCCCUGCCCGGCUACAACCUCACCAGCGAGGAGGUCAGCUUCAGCUUCAGCACCACCUCGGCACCCGCCGUGCUGCUCUACGUCAGCACCUUCGUCAAGGACUACAUGGCCGUGCUCAUCAAGGAUGACGGGAGCCUGCAGCUGCGCUACCAGCUGGGCACCAGCCCCUACGUCUUCGCCCUCACCACCAAACCGGUGACAGACGGGAGGCCCCACCGUGUCAACAUCACCCGCCUGCACCGCACGCUGUACACCCAGGUGGACUAUCUGCCCGUGAUGGAGCAGCAGUUCUCCCUGUUCGUGGACAGCAAGCUGGACUCCCCCAAAAACCUGUACCUGGGGCGCGUGAUGGAGACCGGCGUGAUCGACCCCGAGAUCCAGCGCUACAACACGCCCGGCUUCUCAGGCUGCCUCUCAGGGGUGAAGUUCAACACCCUCGUCCCCCUCAAAGCCAUCUUCCGCCCCACCAGCCCCCUGCGGCCCUACAGCAUCCGGGGGGAGCUGGUGGAGUCGAGCUGCGCCUCCAUGCUCCCCCUCACCACCAUCCUCAUCCCCCCCGAGAUGGACCCCUGGUACAUGGGCACAGAAUUCCCCCAUGUGCACGACGACGGUUGGAUCGGGAUCAUCAUCGGGUGUAAGUAAGCCCCAGUCGUGAUCUUCUUGCUCCUGCUGAUCGGGGGAGCGCUGGUGCUGCUCUACUUCUACUACCACCGCUACAAGGGCUCCUACCACACCAACGAGCCCAAGGCCAUCCAGGACUACGGCAGCGCUGCCAAACCCCUCUCGGCGCGCAAGGACCAGAACCUGCCCCAGAUCCUGGAGGAACCCAAAGCGGACUAGCAGGGCCGGGGGGGGAGAGGGUGGGACGGGCUCGUAGCCCCCGCAGCCCUGGUUGCUGCCCUGGGGACGAGCCAGCGUCGCGGGACCAAAGGGCCGAGCACACCUUGAACUGCCAACACCCGCCUGGGGGCUGCACCGCACCGACCCACGCUCUGCCCCACGGCCGCCGCCGACCCGGCCCCGGAGCGUGGCCGUGACCCCCAGCCCCGCUCACCCCGGGGUUGGGCAGGCAGCCCCCGCUGCUGCCUCCCACCAGCUGCCAAAUCCUGCCCUACCUCCGGCGGGGAACCCCCCCCCGGGGCCGGGCAGCCACCCCCUUACCCUCCUCGAAGGGGGGAGCGCCCCAAACACCCCCUUAGCGCCGCGUAGAUGCCCCGCUGCUUCGCUCGCUUCGCCAGAGCCACGACGGACGCCACGCGCUGCCCGGCCCCCACGGGACCCCCCCCCCAACUCCCCCCUGGGGGCACCCCAAGCAAUACCCUGCCCUGCCGGCGACGGCCGCCGCUGCCGCGCAUGAGGCCACCGCACUUUGCUGAGAUGCUGCUUUCAUACGAUCAGGUACGGAUCCUUUCUACCAUUUUUUUUGUUGCUGGAGAUUCUACGACACUCUGGUUUUUUUAUUCUAUAUCGGUUUGUAUAAAAAUCCAAACGGAAGCUGCUGUCGGGUGUUUACGUUCCGCGCGUCGUGGUAACGUGGGCUGUAGUUUGCUCCUUCUCUGUACGAGGUGCCCGUCCUGCCGAUUACCUCCAGCCCAGGGAAAGCUCCUGUUCACUCGCUGUAUUUGUGGUAAGACGACGUUACAGAAAUGCAUUUAUCUACCCAAAGGCCUGGCUCCACUGGGCACUUUAUUUUUUAGAAAACCUCUUUUUGUUGAAUGAGAUGUGAAGAUAUUCAAAUAAAGGCAGAAUGACGGUGUUUUGACACUC